CAGUCAGUUACCUUUUCAAGAUGAUGGUCUGGUGCUGGCCAAAUUCUUCAUUUCGUUCUGUAGGGUGACAAGAUCCUCCAUUCAAUUCUAGGUAUUUACUAGUAGGCUCUUUCUUUUCAUUUUAGCCCAGCCGAUCGGUGCACUCACUUGACGAUAUGGGAUGUAUCUUAUCAGUCAAUCUUCUAAACCUUCCCUACUUUAGCAGGAACCCAGGUAAUACCCAGAACGGGAAGUAUCCAGAUAUUUGGGACGUUCACACCAAAUCCAGCCUUUCUUUUUAAACAAUCGUCUCGACAUGGGAAAAGAGUGCAGUCUCAAUACGAACUACUAGGUUUCUGGCCAGAAAGCUUGAUUCUCAUCCAGUAGGCAUCUAUCAUAGGUAUGUAGUGGUUCACUCUUGCUAUUCGUCCCCAUUCAAGAUAGCACCUGUCUCUACUCUGUUCAGAGAGAAUCAUUAUCGUCCCGUCUGUGGAGUCGCGACCAAUUUAAACUCACACCUCUUACUACGAGGGGGAAAAAUAAAAUGCUCCACCUCACACCCCCUCCACGUCGUUCCAUUCUCCCCCGGAUUUGUACCGUACGUACCCAAGUAUCCUUGUACCUGGAAGUCCCCUUCCUUGUAUAGCCCAGCUAAGUAGUCAUCACUACGCUCUCUCGCUCUUUCCUUGUACCAUUACCCUUCCCACUUUCCCGUUUAUCCCGCGCAGUUCGUUCUAUCCAAACCAACACGAAACACCACAACCUCGCCUUUCACGAUAUCGACCGACUGCUUGCCCUUCGUUUUUCUUAUCAUCAGCCUUUUUCUUUGACGUCUGGCCCUUGAACUCAAUUUACCUGUGCCUCCGGAUCUCCGGUCCGUAGUUUUCGGCGUUCCCGAUCCCUCCGUCUCGCCAAACCGCUCUUCCUCUCGCCAUGUCGAGUAUAUUCUCAUUCAGUGCGCAAUAGAGACGGACGUCUGUAGCCAUUUAGGUCCGCUCAGCAAAGGCGACACCGUCCUUUCUAAUACGUCGCGGCCCUUGCGCCCUCUCGUCGAUAGCGUCCAACGUCGAACGUCGCUCGUUUUCUCUUCGACGCCCAUCACCAUGGCCCAUCAUCAAGCGCGGACGAUGGCUAUGGAUCCGCCACAUAUCACUGAAUUUGCUUCUGAGCGUUACUUCGAAAAGCUAAGCCAGCUCAAUGCACAUCAACAUCAGCACCAACCUCCUCCGAUUCGAGAUAAUCUAGAUUCCUCCACGUCGCCCUCGAGAUUUAUUCUGCCUCUACGAGAAACAAAAACCGUCGAUGUUGAACCUUCAAGGCCCCUUGACCAGAAGCGUGAUAAGUCAAGGUUUUUCGGCCUUCGCUCCAAGGUCUCGAUACUCCACUCUAAAUCGAAUGUCCCGUCUGGUCAUGCGCCUCGAGUGUCUGUAGAAACGCCGCAAAAAAGUGCUAGCUUCGAUCAGCUCUUCCUAGGACUUCCCAACGAAUUACAGAUUCAAAUCAUUUCUGCCCUCCCACUAACCGACGUCCUGAACCUCCGACUUGCCUCCAAAUCGUGGCAUACUCUCGUCACUUUCAACGAAAAUACUAUCGCUCGAUAUCAUCUCGAAAAUCAUAUUCCCGCCUACGCCUCCCGCCUAUACCCUAUCACAGACCCGAGCGAGAUCAACUUCCAACAUUUAUGCGGGAUAUGGCAUCGAUUACACGUCGCUGCCAAGCUAGCCUUUCUAAUGUGUGAAUGGAUCACAAAAGAUAUCUUCCUUCGCCAGACUGAAGCUCAACGACUUGCAUUUGCACCCCAGAACGAGCGCAUGCGACGACGCCUAAUACCUCUUCUAUUUACCAUAUUCCACUUCUUCGAGACGUACCGGAAAUUGUACCUAAAGCGUAUGGCUGAGAACGGAGGAAAAGGAUUGAGAAGGGAACCUUAUACUUUGAACCCUAUUGAAGCUGAAAUCAUGAGCAUGUACGACGACCAAACCUUAUUAAGAGUCCACGAAGUCUUUCCCCUUGUAAUAUCAUCGUUCUGUCGGAGACUCCGCCCACCGACAUAUGUUGGUAGAGUCGAGCGAUCACUUCGUGGUUAUAUUCGGGAGAAACCGUCUGAUGAUAUGCAUGUUGCAAUUUUGUGCAUUGGUGGACUCCGACAAGUGGAAAGGCUAUGGGAAAUUAAGGGCUACAACAGCAGGCGUGGCGCUGUUGACACAUGGUUCAAUGCUCUCACGAAAGAGGCGCCAUCUACUGAACAGCCAGCAUCGAAGCCGAAACGAGGUCUUUUCGGACGCAAAAAAUCCACUAGUGAAGCUCGAUCGUCUGGCACUGUAUUGAACAAGGUCCGGAGUUCUGGCUCAAUAGAUGGAAAUAUGGAUUGGGAGACCAAUCUUGUCUUCAACACGAGCUUAUCUGCUGGGGCUCCCAUGUCACCUCUUACUUCGCAACAGGCUCAGGCAUUGCUCAGCGACCUUCCAGUACUGCAACAGAUCUGGCUCACAACAGCCGAAGCUUUGAUCCUUCAGCGUCGGGUUGUCGAGCGUCCACAGGAUAUCAAACGCAACCAACAGGUCAUGCUGGAUUUGAUCAGUGAAGAUGGACUGGUAGAAGAGGACGAAUGGUGGUACGGCCGCAGCAUUCCCGAUUCUGUGCGGCCUCCCGUCGGUGUCACUGAUGACGAUGCGGAUUAAACGGCAGCAGUUUCACUAUAUCUUGGGCAUUCUUCGUUUGUUAUGUUGCUGUUGGCGAGCGUGUUGAGAAGUUAUACCAUUACUUCUGCUUGUCGUUUUACCUGUGUACAUGCAUGUGUCAAAGACCGGGGUUUUGAGCAUUUGAACGGCGUUUUUAUCGGUUGCGGAGAAAAGGGCUACUGCGUUGCCGAAGGUGGUAUUGGAUGGGAGCACUGGCUAUACAUAUUGAUACCGAUUGUCUAUACGACAUUAUAUUUUCAUUGUAUUUCACCACUUUCUUCUCAACCUGGAACCUAGGCCGAGUGUCUUGAUGGCUCAAAGGGCUUUCAUUUCCCUCAAUAGUGAAAUUGACUUCCACAUCCCACUGUGUGCACUAGCCUCAGAGCGUCAACUUGGCGUGGCUUUUUAUUCACUCAAAUCACAGUAUAUUUAUUAUCCAAGAAGCCUCUACUUUGAUAGGAGGCGGGGAGUUUAUUUCAAACAUGCUAAAAAGAGAAAGAAUACGACGAUCUGAGCAUCAGAUCAACCACCAGCCUGUGUAGCGCGGGUUUGUCUUCCCGUGUGAUCUUGCUUAUAAGCGAUGUAAAAUCCGCGAACACAAACAUAAUGACUUAGCCAAACUCCGCGGAAAUCCAGCCUUUCCUCUGAUGAUGCCUCCAGUACUUGAAUAC